AUGGCUGACACCUCCAAGUUGCAUCCUGCUACUACCGUCACCAAUAUCAAAUCAUGCAUUCUUAUUGUGCUUGACUACGAAGGAAGCCAAUACAAUAACUGGGCUACCCUCUUCAAGGUCCAUUGUCGUGCAAACUUGGUCAUUGACCACAUCCUACCUCUCAACACGAUCAUUCAUCAAGAGGACACCGCAGCUGAAGCUUGGGACCGUCUUGUUCAUCUCUUUCAGGACAACAAAUCGGUUAGGGCUCUUACUCUUGAUGCAAAAUUCACCAACACAAAAUUGGUGGAUUUUCCGAAUGUGAAAGCAUACUGCACCAGGAUGAAAGUUCUUACAGAAAAUCUCACCAACGUCGGUCACAAAGUUUCCGACGAACGACUUGUGCUUCGUCUUCUGCGAGGGUUGUCGGAGGAAUAUAAAACUUUUCGCACGACGGUGCAGCACCGUACUCCUCUCCCAUCUUUUGACGUUGUCCGGUCGAUGCUUGAGCUUGAGGAAGAUAGCCAUGCCGAGGACGCCAUUCACGACUCUGACUCGAAUGCUGCUUUAGUUUCCCACAAUGUUACUCCUCAGAAUUUCUCAGGAAAUGGACAGCCCAAUAACUCUGCAAAUAACUUCAACAAUCGUGGGAAUUCGCAGAAUCGUGGAAAGAAAAAUAACCGCGGUCGCAGCGGAGGCAACCGCAACAACCGCGGUCGCAGCGGCAAUGGACAAAGCAGCGGCAGGGGCAGUCGCACCAAUGCACAGGGGAUUUUUGUGGUUCCAGAUCCUUGUGAUUUUUCGUGGGAUUUUCGGUCUCCUUUGCCUAAAUUUGAUUAG